UAAACACAGUUGGGAAAUCCUCAUUCUUGGGGAAUGACAUUGUUUCCUUAUCUGGCCGAAUUCGGUCUGAGAAGGAGGACGGUUUUGCUUUCCAAUUGAGGGCAGAGCUCCACCCUCAGCCACGACAGCCACAGCUGCUCUGCCAAUAAAUAAGGCGAAGCCUUUCCCUGCUUUGUUUACCUCCAACAUGGAUGCUUUCAACGGGAUUUUAAAGUUCCUCCUGCACCAGAAAACGGUGAUCGGCUACAGCUUCAUGGCCCUGCUGACCCUGGGGAGCGAGCGUCUCUUCUCCCUCGUGGCCUUCAGGUGCCCCUGCAGCAGCCAGAACACGGUCUACGGGCUGGUCUUCCUCUUCGCUCCCGCCUGGGUCCUCCUCAUCCUGGGCUUCUUCCUGAACAGCAGGUCCUGGCGGCUCUUCACCGGCUGCUGCGUGAACCCCAGGAAAAUCUUCCCCCGCGGCCACGGCCGCCGCUUCUUCCACGUCCUGGGCCAGAUCACGCUGAGCUCCCUGGUGGCGCCCACGAUGUGGCUGUCUGUGGCUUUGCUCAACGGCACCUUCUAUGAAUGUGCCAUGAGCGGGACCAAAAGUGCAGGUCUCCUGGGGCUGAUCUGCAAGGACAAGCCCAAGGAGUGCUGGGCAGAGCUUCACAAAGUGUCCUGUGGCAAGACCAGCAUGCCAGCUAUGGACAGCGAAGAGCUGAAGCUGUCCCUGCAGGCCCAGUCUCAGAUUCUAGGAUGGUGCCUGAUUUGUUCAGCAUCUUUGUUCUCUCUGCUCACCACUUGUUGUGCUCGCUGCCGAUCUAAAGUUAGCUACCUUCAGCUGAAUUUUUGGAAGACAUAUGCACAAAAGGAGAAGGAGCAGUUGGAAAAUGCAUUCGUGGACUACGCCAGCAAGCUGAGUGAGAGAAAUCUGAAAAGCUUCUUUGAAAACAAGAGGCCAGAGGUCUUCCCCAUGCCUACUUUUGCUGCCUGGGAGGCUGCUUCAGAGCUGCAUUGUUUCCACCAAAGCCAGCAACACUAUAGCACCCUGCACAGGGUGGUGGAGGGGCGCCCAGAACUUAACCCCGAGGAAGAUGAGACCACAAUAGUCCUUGUGGGUAGCGCCCAUGAUGCGUAGUUCACCCACCAUCGCUGACGUAUGGUGUCCAGGGGUUCACUCCUUAUAACAUCUUGUUACUGCAUCAGCCACAACCUGUGAAUAUCUGUGUUUUCUCACAUGCCGUGUUUCUUUAUAAGACAACAAGGCUGAGGGAAGCAGCUUUGCAGCUCCCAAGUGCAGACAGUGUUAGGACGUGCUCAAACUGCUGCUGAGUGACUGGUCAAGGAUGGCGAGAAAGAUGGUCUUGCUUUGGGUGGGGAUUGGGUUCAGAACCUUCAAGUUUAAGAUUUUAUGGAUUCAGCAGCAAGAUGCAUGCAAGAAGCUCAUGGUAUCUGGGGAAGAAGUGGUGAGUUGUGAGUGAGACGGGUACUCUUAAUGGACUACUGUACACAGUGGGAUCUGCAGUGUAGUCAGCAAAAUCCUCAUCCUAUAAAUCUAUCCUGCUACCCUUUAAGGAUGUAUAAAAUUCUUCCAUCUGAAAUUCAUUUCCUCAGAAUCUGAAGACAUCAGUUCUCAAAAGUAAUAUAUUGAAUGGAUAGAAUGCCUAAAAUUCUGACCUUCUCACAUGUUUCCAGCAUACAAUGAAAAUAUGUCCAGCAAGCAGGGCUGUUGAGGGCUCUAAGUACUUUUGCCUUCAUGGACUCCUUUCUACAUUAAAAAUACACAGUCACACACACAUAUUCAUGACUGUAUUCAUAUAAGAGAAAAUAUAUAAAUGUUAUGUAUUAAAAUGUUUUUCAACCCAAAAGUU